UGGUCAACCAGUGUCUUCCGUUUGAUGAUGGUGUCGUUAGCGACAGGGCAGCACAUAUUGAUGGGCACCGAGUCCGUUCACAUCAGCGCGCCGACCAUUAUCGCGAUAAGAAACGAUCAGUUAAGAUCAAGUUUGAGUGCGUUCGGUAGUGCCGAUGAUCUCGUUCAUGACGAUUAGCCGUUGGGCCGUUGUAAGGUGACUCAAUUGGGCAAGUGAUAAGCGAACCCUUUUUUUUGUUUUGUCGUUACACGACGUGCGGUAGAAGGGCACCGUUUGUGAAGGGUGAAACGGCAGGCCUCUGGUGCCUCUGUGAGUCUUUCUUGUUGUUUUUACUUAUUAUUUUGAGUUUGUGCUCCGUGUGCUGUGGACGUGUGUGCAUGUGUACUUCAAGACCAUUCCGGGAAGGUUUCGGGAGAAAGGUGUUUUUGCGGUAUAGGAGGUCACCCCGCAGCAGCGCUGACGGGGGAGGAGGUGUAAGAAGGUGCUAAAAGUAACGUUUGCAACAUUGUGGUCACCGUGAAUGCGGUGUGGCAGCAGCAGCUAGUUAGCAUCCCCCACACAAGCUGCAGUGGCUGCCACUCGGCAAGCAGUAACCGUGGCGAACGGAUCGGCGGCAGCGUCUCAAGCAUUCUGCAAGCGUAGCAUCACCGUGGCCAUCAUGUACUGGAUCCGGUCGAAGAAGCUGCGCGAGCGGCUAGCGCUCGGGUUCGGUGCCCUGCUCGUCCUCUUCACGCUGCUCCUGGUGGUCGAUCUGCAGAUGGAUCUCGGUGUGUCGCGGGGUGAGUUUAUCCCGUCGCACGCACGUAUCCGGUACGCGAACCAGCAGGAUCGGAGCGGCAUCUACAACGAGUUCCACCGGAAGUAUCUCGCCAAAAGCAAUGCGUCCGGUUCGAAGGAGUACCUAACGACGAACGCGCAGGCACAACAGCGCGGCCACACCGACACCUCCGGUCCGGGCUAUCCCGGCAAGUCGGCGUCGACGACCGCUGCGCCACCACCGCACGACCGCUUCAAGGACCUAACCGCGCUGGUGGUGGCACCGCGCGCCAGCAAACACCGGGCGCCGCAACCCUUCGAGCGCAUUAUCGUGCGCGAGGAAUCGUACGCGGACGAACCGUUGGACGAGGAUGAAGCUAAUCCAACGCUGGGCGAACUGUUGGACCUGCGGCCCAACCCGAACGCGUCCAACCUGGAGCGGUUCCAGUUGCGCAUCUCCAAGCGCGAACUGUACAGCCGGGACGAUACGCUCGUGAAUGCGGUCAUCGACGACAUGAUCCGGUUGCCCAUCCAGCACGUGGUACAAAAGGAGGGUGGCACACAGCUGAAGCUGAUCAUCGACUACCCGCACGAUGUGCACGCACUGUUCAAGCCGAUGCGGUUUCCGCGCGAGCAGCAAACCCUGCCGAAUCACUUUUACUUCACCGAUUACGAGCGACACACGGCCGAGAUUGCGGCCUUCCAUCUUGACCGGCUGCUUGGCUUCCGGCGGGCGAUGCCGGUGACCGGGCGCAUCCUGAACAUCACCACCGAAAUCUACCAGGUGGGCGAUGAGGUGCUGCUGAAGACGUUCUUCGUGUCGCCGUCCAGCAAUCUAUGCUUCCACGGCAAGUGUUCGUACUACUGCGAUACGUCGCACGCGAUCUGCGGCAAUCCGGACACGCUCGAGGGUUCGUUUGCCGCGUUCCUGCCAACGCAGGACGACACGCAGCGCAAGGUGUGGCGGCAUCCGUGGCGCCGGUCGUACCACAAGCGCCGGAAGGCACAGUGGGAAACCGACUCCGACUACUGCACGAUGGUGCGCGACAUUCCACCGUACGACGAGGGUCGCCGGUUGCUCGACCUGAUGGACAUGUCCGUGUUCGAUUUUCUCACCGGCAACAUGGACCGGCACCAUUACGAAACGUUCAAAAUCUUCGGCAACGACACGUUCCCGAUCCACCUUGACCAUGGGCGCGGUUUCGGCAAACCGUUCCAGGACGAGCUGUCCAUCCUAGCGCCAGUGCUGCAGUGCUGCUUGAUCCGGGCGUCCACGCUGGAGACGCUGCUGCGCUACCACAACGGUCCGAAAUCCCUGUCGGAGGCGAUGCGCGAAUCGAUGGCCAUCGAUCCGAUCGCACCGGUCCUGUGGGAGCCACACCUGGAGGCGCUAGACCGACGGGUUGCGAUCGUGCUGCAGGCUGUGCGUGACUGCAUCCGGAAGUCGUCGGAAGAGGACGACGGCAUUCCCGACGUUCCCAACAACGCGCUCGGUGAGAAGGAUCCAGUGGCGCGGAAUGGGUUUUAUCGUUCCUAGCGACUGGCGGCGGCAUACCGGCGACGGACUGACCUGCAGGAGCGACAUGCGCGACUCCACGCCGUUAAUCGGUACUCGAUGGCGGCAGAUGGUUCCGCAGAUCAGCUUCAGCAUCACCAUCACCAUCACCACCACCACCACUAUCACCAACAGCAGCAGCAGCACGGUGCUUUGCCACCAGGCUCCUCGACGCGCUUCGAUCGAAGCCGUACUCUGUACAUAGUUUAAUUGAUAGUCAGACCGUGUAGUAGUCGUGUGAUUGAAGACUAACUGGGAGGGAAACACUGUUAGGCGUUAAGCAAUAAGGGGUAGGCAAAUUUGUUUUCUAUACAAGGAUGUGACGCUGUGUGAUGUGUGCGUUCGAAUGUGAGAUGUGAAUGUGCGCGCGUGUAAACAUGAAACAAAACGGGGCUACACUACGAAUAUGCCCAUCGGCCUAGGUUCCUAGCGGUGUGUCAAACGAAAAUAAACGAAGAAUGCAAUCGGUACUGAUAGAAUGGAAAUAGCAAACGGAAGAGGAAGAGUGCUUUUUUUAGACUCAUAAGAACCCCGGGUACGCUUACGAAGCAUAACUCAACUAGCGAAAGUGUACUAAAUUAGUAACAAACACACACACACACACACACCAUCCCUGAAUGGGUCGAUGAGAAUGAGUUACAGCAGUAAAAUUGGUUGUAAAAUAAUAAUUAUUAUAAUAAUAAAACGGACAAAAAUGUGCGUAUCGUGAACAGCGUAAGAAAAGCCUAACCGGCACACGACAAAUAACGAAGAAUUAGUAACGUAUAAUUUCCCAACCACAACUCACAAUAUGACCGUUUAAGCUGCUCACGGUGAGCCAACAUUUGUAGUUAAGUUUUCAACUUCAGCUGUUAAUCCCAGCAGUUCACACUAGCCGCCGGUAAAGCAUCCCGGUCCUGUUAGGAAGUUAGAGCAUACGGAGAUAGUAAACCAUUGUUAGCACAAUAGUUAAAAGUACGUCCUUCACCCCAGACGGUGGAACAUUUCCAGCGCCUUUGGGUGAAGCUUUGAGGCCAAAGUUUUAUAACACUAUAUACACUGUACACACGUGGAUGGCUGGGUGGGAAGUACAGCCAAUGUUUCCAUCGAACGAGCAGACACCUCGUGUGGUAUGAUUGUUUUCGUUCAGUUGUAAUGUUUUGAUUCUAUUCCCGUUGCCUGCGUUACGUUGAAUUGUGUUGUAAAAUACUGUAAUAGACAUGAAUGACAGGAUUUGCCUGCUUAGCAAAGACCCAAACCCGCCCUGCAAGACACUUUACUGUUGUUAAGUUGAUGUUUUUUUUUCCUCGUCGUUUCUCAACGCCAUACGUUUUGAAUUGCGGACAUGUUGCAAUUGCAAAAUUGUUCGCCAGAGGCCAGUAAAUAGAUUUAAAAGAAGGAAAACAACAUACAAGGAUAUUUAUGAAAUGUAGCAAGAGCAAAACAAAACAAAUUUAUGGAGCGCAACACUGGAAGCAACCACCAUAACGACCACUCAGUUUGAGUCAGGAAAUUUAAACAAGAACAGAUAACAGCUACCAAUAUCCAAAUAUAAGAUAAUAGUAACCCAUACACACACACACAUAGAUAGCAGGAAGCACCAUUUCGAUAGACGACUAUAAAAACAGACCCACAAGACACAAGGUUCACAACGCUGGGCGCGCUGUGCCUGAUAGGUAGGUCUGCAACGCGAAUAUAAAAGGAGCAACCAUGAAGCGAUUGUGAUGUAUGUUUCUUGUUCCAUGUGUUACGUUCAAAGAGAUCAGCCCUCACACGUUUUAAGUUGCGUCAAGAGAGAUGUAAAUCCGCGGUGUGUUAGUAUUGCCCGAAACGAACCAUUGCGCGCAUCGAGCAGCUUCAACUGGCAAGUGGAACAGAAGUGAAACGCAUUGAAGUGUAUAAACAAAGUACAUACGCAAAAACAAACAUACGUUAUAAAUACCACAAAAACAACCAACCAUGAUGGUGAGAAUAGCUAUACAGUAUACAUAACGAUUAUGAUAAUGGAAAUAUAAUGCAAAAUAUUACACGAUAAGAGAGAUCAAAUAGGCGAAUAUGUGUGCAAGAUGCAGUCAUUUCGUUCCCUCGAUUGUUUUGUCUUCCAAAAGGAAAACAAUCAAAAAGCAUAGCUUUUCUUUCCCCCUUUUAACAUAUCGCCAAAUUGCGUGGGCAAACUUUAACCCCCAUCCCGGAGUUUGAUGAUGAUUCGUUCGAUCGGUUCGAAAUGAAGCGUAGGAAAUAAAACCAUGCCAAAAACUAAUUAAAAUCUCACCCCUUCGUUGUCAGAAUCGCCACAUUACGGGACCCAGUGCCGGGUGUAUCGCAAAUAUCGUUUGCAAAUAUGAAUGUGUCCGCCGAAGGGAAAAAAAAAGCAGCAACAAGGAAAAAAUAACCCAAAACAAAAACCGCCUAACAGAAUACGGUUAGCUAUCGAAAAAAGGGUAUCGAUAGCUCGACGAUAUGUUUUUCUCACCAUUAUUAAGUUUGAUGUUCUUUACUGUUCUUCCCCUACGUGGCCUCUUCAGCCGACUGCCAAUUUACUCCUCAUCCUCCUACUGCGCGGAUGAAUGGAUGGCUAAGAAAAGGGAAGGGGGAGGGGGAAGUUUCGCCAGAGCCGAUCAGAGCAUAUGAUCGUAGCAACCAAUGCGUUACAGGGACGGAUCGUCUGUUAUGAACGCUCCCGUUAGGGUUGUUGUUCUUGUGCAAAACCAAGCAAAAGUGAUCAUUUAGAUUAGCGAGCAAUCAUUCCUCCCUUUGCGGGAUGCGAUGAAGUGCGUGGAGUAUAAUUGUACAUUUUGUAAAAAGAAAAAAAAACUAAAAAAAAAAACAAAACUCCAAUACAUUCACAAAUCCCUUUUUUUUAUUCGGAUGUAUACUA